AUGUACGAGAUAACAAGGAGAACGCUGAAUGCUUGGCGAAUGGUCAGUGGAGCCAAACAGCAGAAUGUAUAUCAGGAUCCUUGUGCAAACCAAGACUGCUCAAAUGAACGAGCUUGUGAUACUUCCACAGGGACAUGCAUGUACAAAGAAUGUGUGGAUGAUGUGGUUUUGUUGAACGGGGAAAUUCUUGGAAAUAUGAAACAAGUUGGCGGAAAGAUAAAAUAUAUCUGUAACAGCGGACUGAAUGUACGAGAUAACAAGGAAAACGCUGAAUGUUUGGCGAAUGGUCAGUGGAGCCAGACAGCAGAAUGUAUAUCAGGUUGCGGCGAAGUACCAACCAUAAGCAAUGGAUAUAUUAUCAUAGACACAGUGGACAUAAACAAGGCGUUAAUAACCUGUGAUCCAGGGUACCAGGCGAAUCCGUCUAGUACGAUCUUCUGUGUACAGGGGUCCAGCACCUGGGGAGGCCCGUCGUGUGAAACUAUUGUUUGUGGCAAUCCUGAUCCAAUAAGCAAUGGUAACAUUGCACUCACUGUACCUGGCAGCUAUAAUUAUCUAGAUACAGCAGACGUGACUUGCUCAUCCGGGUACCAGGCAAAUGUAAAUCUAAUAACUUGCAAAAUUGACGGGGACUGGGAAACAGCAAGUUGUGAUCGUAUAUCGUGCGGAAGUCUGCCGACUAUAGCACAUGGAGUCGCUAGUCUAUCUGUACCGGGAGCAAGCCAGUACCAGGAUACUGCUGUAGUCACGUGUGAUGCCUGGUUCCAAACAAGCACUAGUCUAAUUACAUGUACAGCGUCUGGAAGCUGGACUUCAGCAAGUUGUACUGAUGUUAUGUGCUACACAGGUACACCUUGGCAGUAUCAAGGACAAGUAAGUGUUACGUUUUCCGGUAGAACGUGUCAGCGAUGGGAUACAAACACACCGCAUCAAGUAUUGGAAACAUAUCUUCAAUAUUUUCAAGGGAACACACUGUCAGAGGCCAGUAAUUUUUGUAGAAAUCCGGCAGCAGGAUCAGACAAUCCAUGGUGUUACACAACAGAUCCAUCGGUAACAUGGGAAUAUUGCGCUGUGGUUCCUUGUUAAAUUAAUGGUCUUAAAAAGCACAUGAAGCCACAGAUAUGAUUACGCUUUUCUUUCUUCUGAGGAAAAAGAAAAUAAAUUGUUUUCAAUUAUUCUCAAUUUUUUAGUACUAUAGAUUAAGAACCAGUUUGAUGAUUAAACGCUUAAAAAAGAAUUCGAUGUCAAAUUAUUCGUCAUAAAUUAUAGUAAUUUAACCAUUGCUUAUCAUUUCGAAAAUGGAGCGGGACAUUACAAAAAAAGCUUUAAAAAAAACACAACUAAAAAUGUCAUGGGGGGCUUGAUUGGCAUUUAAAUGUUUUAUGUUGGCUUUUCCAAAUGAUCCAAACAGGUAUAUGUGUCAUUUUUCAGUUUGUUUUAUUAUUCCAAUUCCAGAAUGACAUGAUAAAUGUAAUUACAUUGCGAAAAUUAACAAUGACAUAGAAAGUUAACACAGAUCUAUAAAUAACAUUUUCAUAUAAUUUUACUUUAGAAGCACAUUGUCGAAUCUACCAUUUACUUUCAAUGAUUGUGAUAUAUUAAAUG